CCCUGCAGUGAAACUACCCAGUACAGAAGAGACAGUUCCUAGAGUGAACUCCUCCAUCAGAGCCCUGCUGGCCCCACCCUGAUCCUGGCCCCUCCCCUCAGUCCUCAGUCCUCAGGAGCCAUGGUGAAAUCCCUCUGAAGCCUCAGGUGCGUCUCACACUCAGCUCAGACACCGGACAAGUCCGACCUCACACCGGACCACCUGAGACCUGAUUCUGUCUGAGUCCGGGGAGCAGAUCUCUUCAGAUCACAGAGGAGGGAGAGGAUUAACCGAUUCUAUCUUCAUGGGAAGUUACUGAAGAUUUUUGGAUUAGCUCUCCAGAGUAAGGUUAUCUGAGCUUACAGAGUCCUCUUCACCACAAUGAGUUGGGGGGCACUCUACGCCCAGCUGGGCGGCGUCAACAAACACUCCACCAGUCUGGGAAAGAUUUGGCUCUCUGUCCUUUUCAUCUUCCGCAUCACUAUCCUGGUUCUUGCUGCAGAGAGCGUCUGGGGGGACGAGCAGUCAGACUUCACGUGUAACACGCAGCAGCCCGGCUGUAAAAACGUCUGCUACGACCACUUCUUCCCAGUUUCACAUAUCCGCUUGUGGUGCCUGCAGCUGAUCUUUGUGUCCACUCCAGCCCUGCUGGUGGCCAUGCACGUGGCCUACAGGAAGCGAGGGGAUAAGAGGACCAUGCUGGCAUCCAAUGGUGCUGAUAAGGCGACAGAUAAUGACCUGGAGACUCUAAAGCGGAGGCGUCUGCCAAUCACAGGCCCGCUGUGGUGGACCUACACAUGCAGCUUGUUCUUCAGGCUCAUCUUUGAGGGAGGGUUCAUGUAUGCUCUGUACUUCGUCUAUGAUGGUUUCCAGAUGCCCCGGCUGGUAAAGUGCGAGCAGUGGCCUUGCCCCAACAAAGUAGACUGCUUCAUCUCCAGACCGACAGAGAAGACCAUCUUCACCAUCUUCAUGGUGUCCUCUUCGGCCAUCUGCAUGGUGCUGAAUGUGGCCGAGCUGGGCUACCUGGUCGUGAAGGCCAUCAUGAGGUGCACCAGCAGGGCGAACAGGAGGAAACAUAACUACACCAACACGGACAGCAUGUCCCGGGAUAACGCCCUCAACAAGAAGAACGAAAUGCUGCUGUCUUCGUCUUCAGACUCUUCUGCCAAUAAGACCAUGUGUUGAAGGACCACCGUCUGUGGUGGAGUGUUACAAUGAAGAAAAGCACAAACAGCAGAUUCAAGAACUUUAAACCAUCAGAGUUUGUGUUUUGAGUUAGGGACAGAGAUGUUUUCAUGGGGAGGUGGUCGCUUCUGAAGCAAAUGAUGAGACAGUAGGAGCUGAAGAUGACCAUGAGUGAAUUAACGGCACUCCAACAGUAGUGACAGCGCUGUAUGAGAUUAAUAGUUGCUCUUAGAUUCUCCUUGAUGCAAAAACAAUCUGGUUCUAAUCUUCAUCAUGAUUUAAAUGUGGUAGUAUUCCCACCAGUGAGUGUUACUUUGAGAGCCUGUUUUUGCUCUCACAACAAAAAGCUGCCGGCUUCUAAAAACCGUUAGUCCGUAGAGAACUGUCCUCCUCACGAGUGUCACCUUACUUUUCAUACAGUGGCUGUUUGAUAGUGUCUUGAAGUUUUAAUUUAUUGAUUAGAGUUUGAUGUUGCUUGAAUGUGGUGUGCAUUGCUUGAGUGUGACUGGUCAGGUCUCUGAACCAGAGGUGAAUGAGUCUACACUGACAUCUAGUGGGCGUGUGGCGUACUUUCCACGAGCGCGAACACUUCACUGAAGGAUUCUUUGGUGUUACAGAAGAAGAACGAGGAACAAAUGAAGUCGAAUGAAACGUUGUAGUGACUAGUUUACAUCAGCUGACACUGGAUCUUAAUCAUGUUUGGUUUUAAACAGUAAUCCAUUAACACUGUUGAGUUUUGUGACCCUGUUGUAAUUGAACCGAGUGACUGUAGCAUGAAAAUGUGUUGUAAAGUGACUCUAGAGUUUUUCAUUCAUGUUUGUUUGUUGUUUGUGAUAACAGAGAUGUGUGUUGCACAUGAUUAGAAGAGUUUUAACACAUGGAACCACACCAGAGCAGUUUCAACAGAUUUCACGCUUCUUGCUGUUUAACCUGAUCUCUUUUACUUGAAUGAAGAGUAUUUAAAUCAAAGUGUUGCCUUAACUUAAAUGCAUAAACAAAGUGACAAUGUGUUGCAUAAUUUAACACAUGCAUGUCUGGAGAGACUGGAUUACACAAGACUAUUUCUUGUCUCCCAAAUUGUGAGUUGUAUGAUUGGAUGUGAAACUGCAGCGUUUAUGUGGAUAUCAACAUUUUCAAAACGAGGCAAAAAUCUACUUCCUGAUGAAUCUGCAAACUCUGAGUUGGCUCUAAAUCUAGUCUCAGACAUACUGCAGGUUUGGACUUGUGUUGUGCUGACCCCAGCUGGUUGCAUCAGCUUCCUUCACGUGCCUUAUUACAGCUACAACAAAAAUCACUGCCUGACAGUCUGUGUGUGAGCAUGUCUUUGUCCUGCACACGUUCAGGACAAGACGACACGUCUACAUUGGGGAAAAAGAGAUUAAACUUAUGUGCAUGUGGUUUAGUGUUGUGAUAAUUAGAUGCUUUUUUAUAUCAGAAUCAGUUAGAUGUCUAAUACAAAGAAAGUCUAGAUGAUUUGUGCCUUGGAUGUUCAUCACUGAUGCAGACGAUGCCGUUCUCUUGCAGCAUGUUUGACACUCUUCCAGAUCAAAUCGUGCAUCGUCACAAACAAAGACUCUGUACAGGGUUUAGAGACAGUCUUUAAAAUGUGUUUGUCUGCUCGGCGCUGACUUAACCUUUCUGUUUCCUGUAACAGCUCACCGACAGUUUGAUGCUCUUUGAUAUGUGUGAUGCAGAGCGUUGGUUUAAUCCGGGACCUGCCUGAUUGUUCCGGUCCCGUCGUGUCUUUCUCUCAAACAUAGAGAUCUUCUUCUUCCAUCUUUAGUCUACUGAGCACAGAAACGACGUAGUAAAGAAGAGAGAGAGAGCGCACUCUUUACCAAAUGAAGAAAUCAAAUGUUUAUGAUUAUGUUUUGUACUAAGAUAUUUUGUUACACUCGCACUUUGAUCCUUGAAGUAAUUUUGCUCUUUGAAAUUGUUUUUCAUAAAUCAGUGAAAUCAAAAA